GUGCAUCGUCGCGCGCGUUGAUAUGUGUAUUAUACAUUGACUAUUGAUAUUAAUUAGUUUAUUUAAAGUAAUUUAAAAGCAAAUCACCCGAAGUGACAAUGAAGUUCAGAGCAAAGAUAAAUGACGUUGGAUGUCUCAAUCAUUUCACACGUGUGGUGAAUACUAUUACAAAACUUACAAAGACUUGUGUUGUACGUCUUACUGUCGACAACAUUUUCUUCAUCCUUUCUGGGAAAGUUGCCAAUGGAGGAGUCAGUAUGUGGUGUGAGUUACUGCAGGUUAAUUUUUUUGAUGAAUAUCAACUGGAGGGUGUGUCAGAAGACGCUAAUGAAAUAUGUUUAGAAGUAAAUCCAGAGAAUUUAUCCAGAGCUUUAAAAACUGCACAGAAUGCCAAGUCUGUCAAAAUAAAACUGACAAAGAAGCACUGUCCAUGCCUCACCCUCGCUGCAGAACUGCCUUCCCUCUCUUCCAUUAGUCGCAUUGUCACCCAUGAUAUCCCAGUGGAUGUCAUUCCCAGAAGGCUUUGGCAUGAUUUUAAAGAGCCCAGUAUGCCAGAUUUUGAUGUUAGCAUAUAUUUACCCCCUUUAAAGACUAUGAAGAGUGUGGUAGACAGAAUGAAGAACCUCUCCAACUAUUUGGUAGUAGAGGCUAACCUCAGUGGUGAAAUGAAUCUGAAGAUUGAAACCGAUCUUGUGUCUGUGACAACACACUUUAAAGAUCUUGGCAAUCCUCCAUGGGGUGCCUCACAGUCUCAAAGUCAGAGCCGAGAUGUCGAGGCCAUGGCACACGCACGAGUGGAUAUUCGGAAACUUCAACAAUUCCUUAUGGGGCAGCAGGUCAACCCAACCAAGUCCAUGUGCAAUAUUGUUGACAAGAGGAUUAUUCAUUUGAUUCUUCUUCAGGAAGAUGUUUCUCUUCAGUACUUCAUCCCAGCUGUGGUUUAGUGGUAUUUUUUUAUUCAGAUUUAUUUUUCAUACUAGUAGGAUAUACAUUACUGAUAAAAGCCUGUAUUUAAUGAACACAAUCUGUUAAAUGUUUCUCUGCAAGACAGGGUUUUGCAACAAGUACAGACGACUUGUGAAUGAUUUCUAGGUGAAAUUGAUAAGGUUUUUUUUACAUCUGCUGUAUUGCUCCACACUAAACAGUUUAAAAAUGUACUUUAUGCAACAUUUUGUAUAGUAUUUGAUGAAAGUGUUUAUUUUGCAAUAGAAUAAAGAUCAAUAAAGAACA